GUAGCACAUACAGCAGCUAAAGCAAAGCGUGUUGUAGAUCUAGUGCCAUUUGAGAGGGAAACAGACCGUGGUAUGAUUGUCAAGAACCGCUUGCUGAUUUGGUUAACAAACCUGUGACAAACCAGGGUGCGCUUGCCACGUGCAGGAUCGUCUACACUUCGUGUGUAAAAAGGAACAGCACUCCGCAAGCACAGAGGCUUCUAAGGAGACCAGAGCUCAGUGAUAUAUUGGAUCAGCAGAACAGAUAAGGGAGAACCAAAACGUUGAAGUGCACAAGUCCAACACCACAAUCACCAUGAGCACAGAGCGUGAGGUCACCGCUUCACAGACCGUUGUAAAUGGGAUAUCGCCCUCCAGCAGCCAUGAUCAGGACCGAGAAACAGAUCCUUCCAAAGUGUGCACAGGGAAGGGCGCUGUGACACUGCAUGUGUCCAGCGUUCACGCAGACCUCCAGAGCAGCAGCCCACAGCCCUCUCAAAGUCCUGAGCCAACAAACACAGGAACAGGUGGUUGGAAAGCAGUGUCCGAUGUCGACACUAAUGGAGAUAGCUCAUCCCAGUCGCUGGCUGCAAAGGGAUAUCGAAGUGUCAGGCCAAACCUUACUGCAGACAGCAAGACACAAUCACAGAAAUCUCCCCCCUUGCCCCCUUCUCCGAAAGAGCAAAGCUUUGCAUGGCGGUCCACUACUAAUCAGAAACUCUCCUACCUUUCACCGGUUCCCAUCAUGGACUGUUUGUACAUGAGUUACCCAAAACCAUACACGCCUACAGCACCGUCUAGUGGCAUCAAUGUGCAGUGCUUGUCACAAUACUCUGGUGUAAGCCCAGGUUCUUCAGCAGGGUGCACACUAGCACCAGUGUUUGGUUCAGUCCCCAAAGGCACAGUGCAUGAUGGCCAGGAACAAUCCAGACCAGCGAGUGGCAGUGUGAGCCAACAAGCCAGUCCUGAGAAAAAGAUUAGCAGUCUCUAUGUAGCUUGUUUAUCUAACAACACUUGCGUGCCUGUCUCUGUAAGUGUUCCACAAGAGGAACGAGGUGUCUUCACAGAAGCUACCAUGCACCCAGCACCCCCAGGCACAGGCGAUAGCCCCCCCACAGGUGACACCCAAUCGCCCCCUCCUCCCAUCCCUCCCAGGCCGUUCUUAAAUAAAGGUCCUGGAAGCUACUGCCAUGAAGGAAAUUCCAUCAGGAUCUGGCAACCAUCUCCAUCGGACCAGAGUGGUGCCACCAUCAUAGAUUACCAGAACACCAAAUCAGCAAGGCAGACAGGACCGUACUGGUUAGAUCAACGGCGCCGGUCUGCACAAACAGAAGGAUACGGCAUGGACGAUACAGCUGGCCCUGCUCAGCCCGACAUCAUAGUGGUCCCACUGACUGAGGUUGCUGUAUUUUCUUCAGCAACAGAGGGCGGCUCGUGCACCCCCCCACCUCCUCUGCUACCGACCAGACUUGAUCCCGCGAGCGCAUCACUCACCCUGCCGACUCUUGAUGAUUUCAUACCCCCUCACCUGCAGAGGACCCCAACUCACCACACACCCACCACCUCCAGCGGCUCUGCUUCCCCCAUUAACCUGCCGCCACAACCAGCAUUGUCACCUGCACCGGGUCCCCUUCUUGUAGAAGCUCCUCUGAGUUUUCCUGAGACUUCAGCCACACUCCAUGGAGUUUCUGCACCUACACCUGUGACCACGGAAGCUUCAACGCUCAGCUCCAACUCCGAUCUGCACUCACUUUACCCAUCAACAGGCAAGCCUUUCUCCGUCUACCCUUCCACAACAACAGUCAACCCCACUAUUGUGCUUUUACAACACAACCGAGAACGGCAAAAGCGCCUUAAUAGUUUGGCAGAACCUGUGCCAGAGAGGCCAAAAGAUCCCAAGACAGAAAUUACAGGUGUGCUGGAGAGGACUGUGGAUUCUACUCAGAGUGAAAAGGCAGCAGAUAUGGACGAGAGGAGAACAAGAGUCAUGAGGGCUGAGUACACUGGCAUCAGCCCUCUUGACGAUGUAGGAAUUCCAAUGAGGAAUACAGACAAGUCCAAGGAUUGGUAUAAAACGAUGUUUAAACAGAUCCACAAAAUCAAAGAUUCUCCUGAGGAAAACCCUUACCACCCUACCUACAAAUUCCCUGAACCCACAGAAAAGCGGAACAAAAUAGAAGAGGAAAACCCUUAUUCUCCUACGUACCAGUUUCCUGUCUCCACACCUAGUCCUAAUUCUGAAGAGGCUAGUAACCCAUAUAAAGCCACAUACAUCUUUCCAGAUAUACAAGAAGCAUCAAAAAAGAAAGAUGAAGACUCGGAUUUGUACUCUCCCAGGCACUCAUACUCUGAAGAGAUGAGAAGUCAGUCAUGUGUGCCUCGCUCGAAGAGCGCAGUGGACGGUAUCGAUGCAGAGGCUUCAGUGAAGAGGUCCGCCACACUGCCUCUGCCAACCCGCACAUCUUCACUGAAACCAACCGCAGAAAGGAAUGACUGGGAGCCACCAGACAAGAAGGUUGACACCAGGAAAUACCGCGCUGAGCCCAAGAGCAUCUUUGAAUAUGAGCCGGGGAGGUCCUCAGUGCUGAGCCAGGAGAAAGCGACUCGGGAUAUAAGCCCUGAAGAAAUAGAUUUAGAGAGUGAACCUUGGUAUAAAUUCUUUUCAGAGAUGGAGUUUGGAAAACCGCCUCCAAAAAAGAUCUGGGAUUAUACUCCAGGGGACUGCUCUAUCCUCUCUCUAGAGGAUAGAAAGGACCAGCUAGAAAAAGAUCUCUACCUGUACCAGGCUGAGUUAGAGGCAGAUUUAGAAAGCAUGGAGAAGCUUUAUAAAGCACAAGAUAAAAGACUGUGGAAGAGUGCACCAUUCAACCCUCUGGAAACCCCAGCAGAGCCUCAUCAAUACUCAAUGCAUACCCCUGACUACCAUGCAGUAAGAAGAGAGACAGACCCAAUGAUCGGCGAUCAAGGGAUCUCUGAGAGUGAGAGGCUCAUUUACAAGAGUGUCCAAGAGGGCGGCGACAUUCCGUUGCAGGGGCUAAGCAGUCUGAACAAGCGUCCAUCCAGCUCCUGCUCCACAAAAGAUUCUGAUUCGCCACGGCAUUUUGCCCCAGAACGCUCGGAUACGACAGACGAUGUCGUCCGUAGACGCUACGAUGACAAAGAGAAACUUUUAGAGGAGCAGAGACGUCUUAAACGAGAGCAAGAGGAAGCCGAUAUUGCAUCUAGAAGGCACACUGGACUCUUUCUAACACAUCACCAGUUUAUCACUAACGAUCGAUUCGGGGACCUCCUUAACGUUGACGAUGCAGUUAAGAGGAAUUCUGGGUCUGAGGUCUGUUCCAGUUACCUCAAUCAGCUGCUUGACCCAAAGCAAGAUUUGCCUCCCACAUUAUGUAAUGCUUAUUUAAAAAAUGAAGCGUCGACUGGGGAAACGAUGUGUAUGGUGCCAGCAAGAGCUAAAUUCGACUUCAAAGCACAAACACUGAAGGAACUGCCUUUCCAAAAGGGGGACAUCGUCUACAUCUACCGACAGAUCGAUCAGAACUGGUACGAAGGGGAACACCAUGGAACAGUUGGGAUCUUUCCCAGAACAUAUGUGGAGUUGCUUCCUCCCACUGAGAAAGCGCAGCCGAAAAAGGUGCCCCCGGUGCAGGUGCUGGAGUACGGAGAGGCCCUGGCCAGGUUCAACUUCACUGGAGACACAGUGGUGGAGAUGUCCUUCAGAAAGGGGGAGAGGAUCACACUGAUCCGCAGGGUAGAUGAGAACUGGUAUGAGGGCAAGAUCUCGGGCACCAGCCGCCAGGGCAUCUUCCCAGUCACCUACAUCGAGGUCCUGAAGCGGCCUCGCGUCAAGAACGCAGUGGAGUACCCAGACCCUCCCGUGAGCCACUCUCCAGACCGCAGCUCCACUGCCUCGCCUCAGUGUGUACACGACAGGCUCCACACUCCGACCCCCCCUCCUCCACCCAUUCGCAGGGCAAUCUCCCCCGAAGUGCAGGCCAUCACCUCGGAGUGGCUGGCUCUGACCAUGGGUGUAUCUCGCAGCAGUACCCCGGCAGUCACCCCCCCUCUCCCGCCGCUACCUGAGGGCUUCUACUCCUACGGAAACUAUCUAUCUCCAUCCGCAGCGGCCAGCCCAACUCCCUCGGUCAGCCUCCCUCAUUACAGCCUCUCUGGCAGCUCCACCCCACGCUCAGCCACCUCCCCCCUGCCUGUCUGUCCACCUCGCCCCCACUCCACUGCCCCCAGCGUCACCUUCACCCCUCCUCAGGGAGAGGAACGCCUGCUAUGCUCCCCCUCGCCCACCUUCCCUGCCUUGCCCUCCACCCCACCGCCCACCCUGGGCAGCCCCCUGGCUCUCUCCCCCGACCUCCACAGAAGGAGCCCAGCCAGGGCCCUGAGCCCCACGGAUCGGCUGCUCUCUAGAGAGCAGGAGGAGAGCCGGCUGUGUCAGGAGCUGCUCAGUAUUGUGCAGGGUACAGAAGGAGGCAGUGAUAACAGAGGGUGGCAGAGUAGCCAAGAAAAGAGUUCAGACCUUAGUAGAUCAGUCCAUAGCCCGACUCUUCCAUCUGCCCAUGUCUCCUCCCUAUCUCUCUCCCCCACUCCUGCUGUCCCGGUCAGGCCUCCGCCCCCACUCAGAGCCCUGGGCAGCGGGACCCAGCUCUUGAAGAAUGAAACUGGAUACCAAGGAAUGACUUCAAGACAUCCUAUGCUGCCUUCUGACAUCCCAUCUAACAUGAAUGCCAACUCCUUUGCGCCUUCCCAUCAUUCAUUGCGAACAGGACCAGAACUCACUGACUCUGAAAAGUGUUAUGUGCAACCGCAGGCUCAUCAGCGAGGAAGCACCCCUGAGCUGAGUCAGCCUAGCAGUGAUGUCUUCCAAGCCCUGUACAGCUACGUGCCACAGAACGAAGAUGAGCUGGAGCUCCGGGAAGGGGAUGUUGUCAACGUGAUGGAGAAGUGUGACGACGGCUGGUUUGUGGGUACUUCCAGGAGAACAAAACAGUUUGGCACCUUCCCCGGCAAUUACGUCAAGCGCCUUCACCUGUAAACACUGCAUCCAAACAGACUCUCUUUAACAACACAGCAUCCCCGACAGAGGAUUGAACAAAGCCUAUUGUUAAUACAUCUUUCAUUUAAGCAAAAAAAAAAAAAAUCACGCCUUUCUUUAGUGUUGCGUUGGAGGAAUGGCGAGCAUUAUAUAUGAAAAAAGAAAAUGUACGAGGCAUGUGAAUUUAUGUUGAGGUUCUUUGAAAAAAGCGCAGCCAUUGUCUCAAUGUCAGCUAUGAACAAGAAAACAGGACUAGAGAGAGAGAGAGAGAGAGAGAGAGAGAGAGAGGUCCUGCGUACACGUGUCUGUUUGAUGCACACUGUCACCCGGUCUCGACACCAGCGUCACUUUGUGCUAUCCACCUUUCUGCGGGGCAAUGUAGAAGAAAGAAGCUAAGGUGAUGCUACUAGAAUUGAAAGACGUACGUUUAAGAUGGAGUCCACGUGCUGAUUUUGAUUUAACCAGGAGUGCUCUCACAACUGGAGCAGGCUGCCAAACUGCUCCACUGCUUGAAUAUCAGGCAGACCCCUGCACAUCUUUCCUGGUUAAAACUAAAAGUUGAAUUGUUUUUUGAAGUUGCAACAUUGCAAGAAAAGGUUUGCCACAUGAUCACCAGUUGCAAGCAUGGCGUUAUCAGUGCUCUCCUCCCCACCUAAUCCUUGCCUGGAUCCCCUGACUAAACAAUGCCUUUCAUUAUAACUAUCUUCAACUGCAACAAAAAACAUAUAGGAUAAGAUUUAGACUGCUAUUUUUGUCAUAACAGAUUGAUAGAAUUAAUACAAAAUAUUAAAAAAGCCUAUUUUUAUGCAUAUGCCUUUUUUUAGAGAGAAUUUAUUUAACAGGAAUUUGUUAAUCUAUUAACAGACUAUAUACGCAUGUUCUGCUGCAACACACUUUGUAGCAAACUCCGUGCAACUGCUGGCACAGCCCUGGUUAGUGUGGAGAAAAACAUGUUUGACUAAAAUAUAAUGUAAAUAUGUAUAUUUUGAUUUUUGUACAGAAUGUGUACUUAUCCUGUAUAGAAAAUUAUUUAACAGAGAGGGGGAUUUAAAUGACAGAAAAAAAAGUUGAAGGCAGUUAUUGAGCUCUUUUUAAUAUAUUUACCUGAAGGAUUUUAGUAAAGCACACGACACAGUAUGUUCAGCACAGAAAAACCACAAUGCACUGAAGAACCAAUAGGACUCUACCACCUUGUGGGGAUCCCAGGCCCUCAGUUUAUGUCAGGCUUACUGAAUGAAUUUUGCACCAUUUUUGUUUUGCCUUUGUUGUUCACUGUAAUUUCAGAAAUACCCCUAGAAUUGUAUAACUCACCCCAUAGCAGUGUAUUACAAACACACUUUAAUAUGCCUAAUAAUGAAGUUUACAGUAUGCUGACUGUGUAUAACCCAUGCUUCUAAUGCAUUUUUAUUUACCAUUUCUGUGUGCUGCAAUUCAUUAUAAACAUAUCUUGCAGCAUGUUGUGUUUGAACAUUUUAUUUUAUUGCAGUGCUUUAUGAUUUGACAACAUUAAUUAACAAAGAGCAUCUAUUUACUGCUGUGGUUGCUAAAUGCAGUAUUAUGCAAUAUUUAAUAAACUUUAUUCAACCCUG